AUGAUUAUAAAUAAAUUUUUUUCUGCAUUUUCACAAUUCAUUAGCAAAGCCUCCAAUGCAAUCAAGUAGCCUUAAAUUAAACAAAAUUUAAUUCAAUCUGAACCUAUGAGAUUAAGUAAAUACUUGGCUUAAACAAGUGUAUGCUCAAGAAGAGAAGCAGAAAAAAUGAUAGAAUCUGGAAUGAUAUUAGUUGAUGGAAAAAAAGUCGAUAGUAACAUACCAGUUACUUCUGAAAAUAAAAUCUAAGUAUUCACAAAAAAUGGAGAGAGAAUGCCAACUAAGCAAUCAACUGUAAUCAGCAUUUAUUAUUAAAGAAAGUUUGGAUUUUUUACAAACCUAUUGGUAUGAUAUGCUCUCAUAAUGACCCAUUCAAGAGACCUUCAUUCUAUGAUUUUGCAAAACUUAGAUUAAAAACAGAUUAGCAUAUUAUUUCUGUGGGAAGAUUAGAUUUUAAUUCUGAAGGAUUAAUUGUAGUUACAAACGAUGGAGAACUGGCUAGAUGCAUGGAGUUACCUGAAACAAAGUUACAACGAAUAUAUAGAGUUAGAGUUUAUGGUACUUUUACAGAAGAGAAAUUGAAAAGGAUAAGAAAUGGUGUCACUAUAGCUGGCGUAAAUUAUGGUCCUUAUUGGGUUAACGUUGAGAAUAGGUACAAAAACAAUUAAAUUUAGGUAGUCAAGAAACACUUGGUUAAUUAUGAGAUUAGAAUCAGGUAAAAAUAGAGAAAUAAGAAAAGUAAUGUAGAAAUUUGAUCUGAGAGUUAAUAGACUGAUUAGAUAAAGUUAUGGUCCUUACAAACUUAUGGGUUUGAAACCAGGCGACUUUUACGAAGCCUAAAUCGAACCUGAAAUAAAGAGAAAGCUCUACCUUCAAGCUAGGAAAAAGCUAUAGAAUGUAUAAGAAUAGAUUUAAUUGGAAUAAACAAAAAAUAAUAUUAAAGCCUUAGAUGAGUAAGGUAAGAAUAAUAAGUUAUUUGAGAAAUAAGAAAAUGAUAAAAUCGAGAAGAAUAACUUAGUUGUAAAUUAAUUUAAGAAAGUUAAUUCAAAAAAAACUGUUUGA